GGGUGGUAGUAGAACCAGACAACUGCCAAGAAACGGCAUGUUGUUUUGAAGUGGGCACGUAGCUUCUCUCAUCUCCCAUCUCCCAUCUCCCUUCUAAGACAACACAGGAGAGAACAAGACAAGAAAGACAACAUUUGUAGCUACAACAAGAUACGAGGAUAAAGGAAACUAAGAAAGAACAAGAAAGGUUGCUUGCUCUGCCUACUUUCAUUAUCAUUUCCCAUAAGAAAUGGCAGUAAAACCAACAGUUGCCUUGAGGGCUGUACUUGUAGGGGGUGUAGCAAUAUUUGCGAAAGUAGCAAGUGUAAUGAAGGCUGCUGGUGGUGUGAAGCUAGGGGCUGCUGCAGCAGCUGUCACAGCAGCUGCAACUGCUGCUAUUUCUGGACCAAAAAAAGAUUCAAAUGAUACCUCACCUUCACCUUCACCUUCACAGUGAUUAAUCUUCAGUUUUGGGUUCAUUUGUUCUCAGGUAAUUUUAGUAUGUAGCAAGUUGAGAGGAGUUUGGCUCGUGUUUGAACUUGAUCUAGAGAGAAUGUUCAAGCCAAGGAAAUAAAAGAAAAGACAUUGUGGAUUUACAUCGAAAGCUUCCGGUACUGCGGAUAACAUUGAUUAUUUUGCUGAUUUUCCUUCAAGUUUUAGGGAUAAAUUGUUGUAUAAAAGCAAGGCACUGUCCCACUCAAAUGAUGGCUUGUUGUUUUCUUGAUAAAAUUAUGACCGCACUGCUUGAUAGAGGCAGUGUUUGGUACUUA